GUAAAGAGGCGGAUAUCAUAGUGGGCGGACAACAUCUACAACUGUCUCUCACACUUUGGGAAACUCCGACAAUUUACGAUUGGACUUUCACUUCUAUUUGAUCUGGCAGAAGAAGAGAGAUAAGCUUAAUUUGAUUUCUGAUCAUUUUUAGGGGUUGGGAUUUAAAUCACAUGUAUCUUAUGAUUUAGUCAUCGAAAAUCACUCAACACGGACACUGUUGAAAGAACUUUUUAAGAUCCGUAUUGCGCAAUUCAGCAGCUCGACGUAUCUGCUUCAUUGUCCUUAUCGACAUGGCAAUUUUCAUGAGGAUAUUUCUGGGAGCGGUCUUCGCGAUUAGGGUGACAGGUAAACUUUUUGUCAUUUACUAAAACUAUUUAACAUUCAACACUCUAAAAUAAUCAUGUAGCGUACAGCUUGGAGUUUUGCAUCUGUGGUCAGAGGAGACCUGUGUUGGUUAACUGAUGAUCAAUACAUCGAGCAGUGAUCAUUUCUACACUAAAGACAAGAGUCUUGCUUUGAAAGAGAUAUUCUUUUUAUAUUCACGUAGAUCAAUUCAACUGCCAGUUAUUAUCCCUGUUUUAUCAUCUUUUGUGUUUUCCAAAAUGUUUUGAGAAUUUGAGUACUCAAAAAUGUCAUUUGUGUGAAAUAUUUCAGCAUAUUGUAAAAUGUUUUCAGGUUUUCUGAAAUAUGUCUUGCUUUUCUUUUUUUUCUUUCUUUCUUUGGUUAAUGGAAUUUUGUUUUUUAUUUAUCCCUGCAAUACGUUUGCCAUUGACUUUCAGGGCCACCAUAAAACUGUCUGAACUAAUUUGACACAAAAACAUUUAACAUUUUUUGCCUGCUCUGACCUGUUGACCAAAAUGUUGUGCCAGUUACCACAUGGCUUUAGUUAGCAAGCUGUAACUAAGCUCAAUUCCACGAUCAACUCUCACUUUCAAAACAUGUUUGAUUAUUAUGUUCAUGAAACAGUACUCUGGCCCAUAAAAUUCACUAAAUAACUUUGCAUCUUAUUGUUUUGUGUCUGAUUCAAACAUCAACCUCAUAGAAACAAGAGAUUAGAUGUUCCUUUAAUGGUCCCACAGGGGAAAAUUCCCCCAAAUAAUCAACACAUUACGCCAGGGGUUUGAUCUAAACAUGAUGACACACCACCUUGGGGUUUGGCUAUAAUAAUCAAUGUGACAACAAUCCAGGGACACAAUCAAUCUCAGUCUCAUAAAUAGAGUUUAUGAGCCUUACUAUACAAGAAUUACUACAGCUGUGCAACCGUUAUCCUCUGUGUGGUCACACAGAUUUGAACAGAUUUUUAUGGUCAUGUACAUGAAAAGAACUUUUUUCUCUUUUUUUUUUUGGUUCUCACAAUCUUCACCUGUUUUAUCACAUUGUCACAUAUGGCCUAGCAUGUCAACAUGUGGUUAAACAUGUUGACAUGUAAUCCCAACCACAGUUAACAUGUAAACAGUAGGUUACCUACAGAGAUCUCCUGCUAUUCAAAUUUACUUAUGCAUGCCACACUUUACUGAGGUUUUUGCACAUCUGAAAUCAGCCCAUCACCCAUGCCACAUGUUUAAAACCAUUCCACUCCACAUUUCACAAAGUAAGCACACAUCUUGGGUUAUUUCCUUCCCUUUUGUUGUUGAAUAAAUAAAAAAAUGCAGUGAGAACAAAGAGAGGCUGUACAGUUAUGUGUGAACAAAAAGGUCAGUGGAAAGGGUUAGAUCUGCUGUAUCUUGUAAUAAUUUGAUCAGCAGGCAGGAACUAACUUUUGCAGGUGCUUUGGAAAAAUAAAGCUUUUUUCCUUCUAUAAGCAAGGUAACAUGUACAAAGAGAGGCAAUCAAUGAUUAAAUAAUGAGGCUUAAUAUUCUUGUAUUUCAACAUAUCCAGCUGUUAAAUAAAGAAAGUGUUGUCAUCUUCAGUAUCUUUGGCAAAAUGAUGCAAAUCCACACAAUCAUUAGGUUGGGGUACAUUUGCAACCCUGUUCCCCUAGGGAUUUUGUUAUUGUUGUAUUUAGUGAUGAAUCUUGAUCAAUGCUUUUGCAACUCAGGCCAGGAUUUUUCCACAUGGUAUCAUCAAAACUGUGAAGAUAUGCCUUUUCUGUGAAGUCACCACAGCAAAAUAAAGAGUUAAAGUUAGAAGAAAAAAGUAAGCAUUUAUCACCCAUGAAUGCUUUUUCUGCUAGACCUUUGUCGAUGUCUACUUUAGCCAAACAAUGCAGACAGGUGAGCAUCCGACAAAGUAUCUUGAAAAACCUAAAAAAAAACUUGUUUAAAAUCAAAAGAGACAGAAACAAAAUCAUCACAAAUGCAUCACAAACUCACAAAGGCAUGAAUCAUCAAGAGUGCUGGUUGUGAAAAUAAAAUCACCUCAGAUAGUUUGUGUAAAUGUUUAUCCUGUGAGUUGGUCAGAAUUACAAUGCAGAAAUACUGUUAUAACACAGUAGUAACCUUCUCUCUCAUUCUCUGCUGUAGGUGAUGACAAGAAUGUGAAUGUUGAAGGCUGCAAAGGAAAAGAAGUACUCUUGCCAUGCAACUGCUCAGGAAGAAGUUUGAGCGAGGAAUUUCUGUGGAUGAUGGGAUCGGAAGAGGAGGAACAAGAGGAAAUGCUAUUUAAGUAUAAUAGCUCUGGCACAUUCUAUGGCCAGAGCAGCAAAGGGGAAGAGUAUAAAGGGAGGAUUCAAUUUUUUUUCCCCACGGAAAGCAGCAACUGUUCUCUUCUCCUGACCAACAUCGAAACAGAGGACCUGGGGACAUACACAUGCCGUUUUACCACAACAGUAUACAAAAAAAACAAUGUAAAGCUACAAAUGCGUGGUAAGUCAUUUACUGUAUACACAUCUGCUGUGUUGUAUCACUCAUAAAAUCAAAAACUUAGAUUACGUUAUAAAUCUCACUCAGUUUUAACCUUUGGUCUUCUCUCACAGCCAUGUAUGACAGUUGCAUUUAAACCAACAACUGAGAUGUAGCCUAUUUGUCCUGUAAAUCAGACCGUAUUGUUCUCAAUGCCAUCAGAUAAAACAAUCUUUUAUAUGCUCUUUCUAUCAAUCCUCAGAAUGCCCAGAGAAAAUCAGGAGUAGAUCCUCGGUGAUACCUCCAAUUGUGGUGGUGUCUGGUGUUUUUCUCCUCUUAUACCUCUUGUACCAGUGUUUUCGAUCCUCAAGGUAAAUAUUUACAAGUGUAUUUGAAGUUUCGGUGGAAAUUUAUUACUGUUAACUGGAUCUCUUAACAGGAAAAUUCAUUUCCAUAUCUUUUCAGGCGUCCAAACUGAGAGAAGAAGAGGAACAACUUCUAGAUAAACACAGAAGACUCAAGUCUGUAAAUGUGAACACUUCCAUGGAAAGCUGUAAAAUCACAAAAGUGGCAUUGUGCCAACAGGCAGGCUGUAUCCUGCAAUUGUGACAGUCAUGGAGUGAUUUUUUAUUUUUUUUUGGAAAGGACUUAAAUUUUGUGAGCUUGUCUGAACAUUCACAGGCUUGAACUGUCCACUGAAUCUGCCUGGACGAUCUAGCCUUGUAUGUUUGUGUACCUUAAUUGCUUCUCUGUGCCAGUUCACCCUCUAUGGCAGAAGGUGAAUCAGAUCUUACCUGACUGAACAUGCAACACAGCUCCUGGCUCUUGUAAUGUCAUGCACUGAUGGCUGCAACUCCAUACUUGUGCCCAGGUGCUGUCUUUGAGCUAAAGUGUCUGCUAAAGGAAACUGGAACACUUUACAAACUACAAGUCAUGCAACAGCACCUGAAUUUGCAGAAUUAUAGUACAUAUAUGAAUUUGUUGUCAAAAAGUAUUACUGUGAUUACAUGUUUUUUUUUCAGUAUCUUAAAAUAUACUUUUUUAAUCUAGUCUUGUCAAAGUCUUAAUGCUCUUUAAUGUUUCUUUCAAUUGUGCAUUAAACGGGUUGAUGUACUUUUGUGUCAUGUAAAUAAAGUAGGUCUCAAGUAGA